CGCUGCGGCUCCAGGUUUUGCCGGCGACCCGGCCCGACCGGGGCGGGGCGCCUGCAGCGCUGCCCUAGGGACUCCCGCUCCAUCGGAAUUCCCCCGACGCGACGCCCGGGCGGCGCCCGCAUCAGUGGCGCUACCGCGGGACGUGUGCCACGGUGACAAGGACUAAAGUGAGGUAUCUGGCAUUGCCGGGGUCUCCGCACGGCUCUGGGACAGAUGGCUCCCUGGACCUCGGGUAAUCGGAUCGGGACCGGAGGGUCCCAGGCUUCUCUCCAUCCUUCACUUCACGCACUCAUCCAACACGUGUUCAUACUCUGUGCCAAGCGCAGCUGAAGGGCCAGGGUCACUGCAGCGGACAGGCAGAGCUACAGCCCCAGAACUGACGUUCCGGAGGGGCCACCCCUGAAGAAGUGAGCAAAUCGGGAAAGGCCAAAGUUGGCUCUCUCGCUGUUCCUUCCGCAGUCUUGCGCUUUUUUGCACCGGUUGGUUCCUCUCCCAGGAAUGCUCUUCCCGUUCGUCUGAGGGGCUGAAAUGUCACCUCUCAGUGUCACCCGAUCCGCCACCCGAUUAGACUACUCCAUCAGCUCAAGGGCCUGAACUGACCGCUUCAAUGAAAAUUGCACCAACUCCACCCGCAAGCCUUCUCACCUGGCACUUUUCCCAUUAAAGAACUUCUCACCUUUCCUGUGCUACUUCGUUUGCUAAUUUGCUGUUGAUCUGUUGUCGGGUCUCUCUUCCUGCAACCCCUACCCAUGGGGUAGGGUUUUGUCUGUUUGUUAACUGCACGUGAAAAAACGGGAGCAGGAACUCAGCAGUAUUGGUUGAGUGGAUAGUGACAAAUGCUUUGAAGAAAAUUAAGAAGUCGAGGGCCAAUUUAGAAAGGUGGUCAGGGAAGGCCUCUCCAAUGAGGGGAUAUAUGUACAAGGAGGAGGCGCCAGACACGUGAAAAGCUGGGCAAAGGCGUCCUACAGAGGGACAGACGUGCAAUGUCCUGAGGCUGCUCAAGCCCUGAGUGUCCGAUGAACAGAAAGGUGCUCCUGGAGCUGGAGGAAGGCAGGGUGAGAGGAGGCUUAAGAGUCAAGUAGCAACACGGAUCAGGUUACUCAACGAUAGUUAUGACCUCCCGGUUACGCGCGUUGGGUGGAAGAAUUAAUAACAUACGCACCUCGGAGUUACCCAAAGAGAAAGCCCGAUCGGAAGUCGUCUGCAGCAUACGCUUUUUAGAUGGCUUGGUCCAGACCUUUAAGGUUAACAAACAAGACACUGGCCAGUCGCUGCUGGACAUGGCAUACACCCACCUGGGCGUGACUGAAAAGGAGUAUUUUGGUUUGCAGCAUGGCGGCGACUCGGUGGACUCCCCCAGAUGGCUUGAGUCAAGCAAACCCAUCAGGAAGCAGUUGAAAGGAGGUUUCCCCUGUACCCUGCAUUUUCGAGUAAGAUUUUUUAUACCUGAUCCCAACACACUGCAGCAAGAACAAACCAGGCAUCUGUAUUUCUUACAACUGAAGAUGGAUGUUUGUGAAGGAAGGUUGACCUGCCCUCUGAACUCCGCUGUGGUUCUUGCAUCCUAUGCAGUACAAUCUCAUUUCGGAGACUUUAAUUCUUCCGUACAUCAUCCAGGUUACCUUGCUGACAGCCAGUUUAUUCCAGAUCAAAACGAUGACUUUUUAACCAAGGUGGAGUCUCUGCACGAGCAGCACAGUGGGCUGAAGCAGUCGGAAGCCGAGUCCUGCUACAUCAACAUAGCCCGGACCCUCGACUUCUAUGGGGUGGAGCUGCACGGCGGCAGAGAUCUGCAUAAUUUAGAUCUAAUGAUUGGAAUUGCUUCAGCGGGCAUUGCUGUGUACCGAAAAUACAUUUGCACAAGUUUCUAUCCUUGGGUGAACAUUCUCAAAAUUUCUUUCAAAAGGAAAAAGUUCUUUAUACAUCAGCGACAAAAACAGACUGAAUCCAGGGAACAUAUCGUGGCCUUCAACAUGCUAAAUUACCGGUCUUGCAAAAACUUGUGGAAAUCCUGUGUCGAGCACCAUACGUUCUUUCAGGCAAAGAAGUUACUACCUCAGGAAAAGAAUGUUCUGCCUCAGUACUGGACUCUGGGCUCCAGGAACCCCAAAAAGUCUGUAAAUAGCCAAUAUUGCAAAAAGGUGAUUGGAGGAAUGGUGUGGAACCCUGCCAUGCGGAGGUCCUUAUCAGUGGAGCAUCUAGAAACCAAGAGCUUGCCUUCCCGGUCCCCUCCUAUCACCCCCAACUGGCGAAGUCCUCGGCUCCGGCACGAAAUCAGGAAGCCCCGCCACUCCUCUGCUGAUAACUUGGCGAAUGAGAUGACGUACAUUACGGAAACUGAAGACGUGUUUUACACCUACAAGGGCUCCCUGUCCCCCAAAGACAGCGAUUCCGAAGUUUCUCAGAACCGCAGCCCACACCAAGAGAGUCUAUCCGAGAACAAUCCAGCACAAAGCUGCCUGACCCAGAAGUCAUCCAGUUCUGUGUCUCCGUCUUCAAAUGCUCCAGGCUCCUGCUCACCUGAUGGGGUCGACCAGCAGUUUUUAGAGGACUACAACAGGGUGACCAAGGGAGGGUCCACUGAGGAUGCCAGCCAAUACUACUGUGACAAGAAUGAUAAUGGUGACAGCUACUUAGUCUUGGUCCGUAUCACACCGGAUGAAGAUGGAAAAUUUGGAUUUAAUCUUAAGGGCGGAGUGGAUCAGAAGAUGCCUCUUGUGGUCUCAAGGAUCAACCCUGAGUCACCUGCGGACACCUGCAUUCCGAAGCUGAACGAAGGGGAUCAGAUCGUGUUGAUCAAUGGCCGGGACAUCUCCGAGCACACCCAUGACCAGGUGGUGAUGUUCAUCAAAGCCAGCCGGGAGUCCCACUCGAGGGAGCUGGCCCUGGUGAUCAGGAGGAAAGCUGUCCACUCAUUCACCGAGAUCAAAUCUGAAGAUGAACUGAACCAGCUUUUCCCAGAAACCAUUUUCCCCAUGUGUCCGGAGGGUGGGGACACUUUGGAAGGAUCCAUGGAACUGUUAAAAAAAGGCCUUGAAAGCGGGACGGUGCUGAUCCAGUUUGAGCAACUCUACCGAAAGAAGCCAGGUUUGGCCAUCACAUUUGCAAAGCUGCCUCAAAAUUUGGACAAAAACCGAUAUAAAGAUGUGCUGCCUUAUGACACCACCCGGGUAUUAUUGCAAGGAAAUGAAGAUUAUAUUAAUGCAAGUUAUGUGAAUAUGGAAAUUCCUGCUGCUAACCUUGUGAACAAGUACAUUGCCACUCAGGGACCCCUGCCACAUACCUGUGCACAAUUUUGGCAAGUCGUCUGGGAUCAGAAGUUAUCUCUAAUUGUCAUGUUGACAACUCUCACAGAGCGAGGGCGGACCAAAUGUCACCAGUACUGGCCCGAUCCCCCUGACGUCAUGGACCAUGGCAUCUUUCAUAUCCAGUGUCAGACAGAGGACUGCACCAUCGCCUAUGUGUCCCGAGAAAUGCUGGUCACAAACACAGAGACUGGGGAAGAGCACACGGUGACACAUCUCCAGUAUGUCGCAUGGCCCGACCACGGUGUGCCCGAUGACUCCUCGGACUUUCUGGAGUUUGUGACCUACAUGAGGUCCCUGCGGGUGGACGGGGAGCCCAUCUUAGUUCACUGCAGUGCUGGAAUAGGUCGGACUGGCGUGUUGGUCACUAUGGAAACAGCCAUGUGCUUAAUUGAGAGAAACUUGCCUGUUUACCCCCUGGAUAUUGUCCGGAAAAUGCGAGAGCAGCGCGCCAUGAUGGUGCAGACGUCCAGCCAGUACAAGUUCGUGUGUGAAGCGAUUCUUCGCGUAUAUGAAGAAGGCUUAGUCCAGAUGCUGGAUCCCAGUUAGGACGACUGUGAAUCGUUCAUCCCUCGUUCCCGAGGGCAUCUUCCCUAGGAGAGCAGGACACACCUUCCUCCAGAGGCGGGGAGAGGAACCGCCAGCUGUGGGGAAGGAAUGAGCACAUUUGAACCCAGGCACUUUAAAUUUUAUAGGAAAGGGAUCCUGUACACAGGAACCGGUGUAGAUAUGCAUGCAACUGUGGCUUCCUUUAGGCCCAGAGAGAAAUAACAAGGGAUCCCAGUUUGGACCUUCCUCCCCAGACAUCACCACCCCACUGUUGGCCACCCUUGUGCAUACAAGAGGGGCUGGCAGCCGUGCUCCUGACCUCCCCAGAAGCUGGACAGCAUGGUUCUUCAAGGCUGCAUGGUGUUCUGUGUGUUGAUCUGGGUAGGACUCGAGGGCUGAGCUUCCUGUGCAUCCAGGCAGGGCUAGAGCAAUGCACAGUCCCACCCCGGUGCCAAGGAAGCCCUGGUGAACGUCCCACACACCGGGUGGUGGCCAUUCAGGCUGAAGGACAAGCAGCGCCCUGCCUUUGUCUCAGCUCCAUGCCCCUUGCGAUCUUUGAUCUGCAGAGCACCCCUCCCCUGCCCCUCCAUCAUCCCCCUUCAGGUUCAUAUCCAGUGCCUGAACCAGAUUAGUAACCUACGUGCAGGAGAAUUUCCAACCGAGACUGAGAACUCCACGCUCGGCGUGAUCCCGCAUCUUAGCGUUAGAAGCAGGUGUGUGUCACCUCUGCUUGCCUCAUCCUGGAUUCACGGACACCAGGACCGGGACCCCUGACUACUGAAUCUCGUACAUGGACUGCUGCUACUCCAAGCUCUUACACUUGAAGAGACAUGUUCCCCCGAGGGGGACAGGAUCAUAGCAUCGAAAUAUUCUUUGGCCCUUCUAAGAAAAGACCUGGUAGUAAGUGAUCACGGGAAACCCUGCUUGCCAGGAGCCCCUGUUGGCGUGUGUGCCUGCACGUGCGUCCCGUGGAGGUUGCUCAGGAUUCCUGACUCGAUUCAAAUUACCGUUGAGUUUAUAUAAAGAAUGAGUCUCUGUACCGAAGAACAAACGUGCAUUCACCCUCAGUUACAGCGGUCUCCAUUUCAUUUCAGAGGAGAGGAUCAGACUAUCUGAAUAUAAACCCAAUUUGAUGUUAAUUUAUUCUAAGUACCCCAUGAUUUUGAUUGUCCUAAAGAAUUCUGCCUCUGUGAAUACUGUGUUCAAUUUUUUUUUUUUUUAAUUUGUGACAGGACUGUAGCAAGUUACUAUUUAAGGAAAAUAAAUUACAUAAACAUUUUAAUGUGGUAUUUUUAAAUAGCAGUUGUUGUGUAUCCAAAAGAGGAAGCUAAGCCAGUUUCUUAACGGUGUUUAUAGAAAAAGGAUGCUUUCCUAUUGUAGCCCACAGAGAUGAGGCCGUUUUGAUAUCAGGAAACCCUGGACCAAUGGAAUUGUUCACCUGGUUGCAUGAUGGAUAGGGACCUAUCCAUAGGGGACCAGGUUUCUAAAGAUUCUUUUAUCUUGCAUCCUUCCUGUCUCUUCCCCAUGCAUAUUUUACUGCUAUCUGGCAUGGGUGGGAGGAGGUGGCGCCAGCACCCUAACCCUGUGCUGUGGAACAAGAAGCUCCCGGCAAGUGGAGCUGAGGGCGGGAGCCUGGCUCUGUUGCCACUCAGCCCUCUCUGACCCGCUCUCAGUCUAGGCACUUAGGAGCUGUGCUUCUAGCUCCCCUGUUUUUCUCAUCUGUGAAAUGAGAGACAGUACCCAGGACUGCAGAUUGAAUGUGAGCCUUGAAUGAGCUCCUGCAUCCGUGUGAAUUUUCAUUGGUUGGAAUGUAAACAGACACCUAGAUGGAAGAGUUACUUGGAAAAGUGUCCUUCUCUGUGAUGAGCCCAAAACACCUCCAGCAAGUGGAACCCAGUGGCUUUCUAUAAGGGAAAAAAGAAAGUUCUUCCAAAAGGACAAAGCAAGACUACAAAGGAACAACCUAUUCAAUCUGGACACUGAAAAAUUCUCUGAGAAAAACACAGAAAAAGAAGGAGGGCAUGCAGGGUACAUUUAAAUGCCAUCGGGAUAUUUAGCACACCGUUGCCGCCGGAUAAAACGGAACAUCGCCCUGUGCGCAAACAUCCUGGAGAAGCCUAAAUACCUUCCGAGAUUUGUGUUCCAUUGUUUUUUAAACCAAGCAUUGAAUAUGAGUGCAGAAACGCUGCCACCCUGGGUCCCUACAUUUCUAGAAAUCUAGCCGGAGGUUGCAGCCAGCCUUUCUCGGCCACCGUGCAGGCGCGCAGCUCAGACCGGCACGUUGCCAGGAACAAAAUUCAUGAACUACUUUGAAGAAAAUGAUCUAAAGACAAGAAAAUGAUCUAAAGAAGCAGCACAUGCAAGUGCAGCCUGCAGAGACGGCAAAGUAAAAUCCACAGCUCGAGCUCCCAGCCUCCCCACUUCCGCCCGUCGGCAGUUAUUCUUAAGAGGCCUUAUUUUCCUCCUCAGAGCAGCAUGGGAAUCAGGGUAAAUAUUUGGCCUGGGAAAUUUGACUAGAUGAGAAUGGAGAAGACAUUUAUUUCCUAUGUUCUGGAGCUUUCCGGAAAGCCUAAUUAGACCCACUGAUGUGCCUGCUUUACUAACUUCAUCGGUGUCACUCUAGAACCUGCACUUGGUGGUUUGACUCUCCAGAGGAAAAGACCCACAUCGCUUUGGUUGCAGGUAGGACGUCAGGAUGGCUCCAUACCAACUUGCGCCAGCCCCUAGCUUCGUACUGAAAUGCGCUUCUAGGUCGGCGCAGAAGCUAUUGCUCCUCUGUUGCUGGUUGGGCUUUUUUGCCUUCCUCAGAAGUGAUCAUCUGGGGAAAGCAACAGGUCUCCUCGUGGCGAAGAGGCAGCAGCCAUGGGGGAGGAUCGGGAGACGCAGGCUCCGUCCGGACCUGGACGCAGGCAGAGCACAGUGGCCCUCGGUUUCCUUUGAGUUAGAAGGGGACGGUGGGCUCAAGAUUUGCCGUCCUGAGAGUCUGAUCUUCCAGAGGAGUGAAAUUGUUCUUUAACCAAAAUGUGUAGCUACCAGAGACACGUGUGUCCCACUUCUGUGACUUGUCCCCACGAGGUUGUCCCUCAGACCCUGGCACUGUCGGAUGUAGAGAUGGGGGUUGCCGCCCUCUGGUUCUCGCCUGUCAUCCUAGGCCGAGAGCAGCCCCAGCUUCACUGGCAAAGCAUCUGUGGCCUCAGCCUGGGCAACCAAACCCAGGCGCCAGAUGCCCGGCUCUCCUGCCAUCUUGGUGGCUCCCGUUCUGUUCAGAGCAACCAAAGGAUCAUGUUAAGCCAUGUUGUUUUGAAAAGCAUCUUAAUUGAUCAGCAAUAUUUUUUUUUUCUGUAAGUUGGGAAUGUUUUUCAUACUGACCUGUACUGUCAGCGACGACUCUACUGAAAGCUGUUUGAUCAAUAUAAAAGCGUUCGAGCUAUGCA